UUGCCCUUAAAACGCGUUUUCGCCAACUCUUCCUACUACUCCUACUGCUAUCGGACAAGCUUCCAAAUUUGCAAAUCCAUCGUCAUUAUUUGGAUGCCAUUUUUUAAAUUCAGACAAAGUUUGUGGGGAAACUUCCCUCUGCUCACACCUGCAAAUGUCACCAACAACUUGUCUGCUGGUUUCCACAUGAAUCAUAAGGAUUGGUGAGCCCCCCCUCCGCCAUUAGCUGUACGCCUCUAUCUUAUCCCAAUUUAUAUAUUCUUCAUUUUUGAUUUUUGAUUUUUGAUUUUCAUAUGUAAUUUGCAUCACAAACACCAUUGACUAUCCGUGCUUCUAUCUGUCCUUUUUUUGCAUCGAGGGACUUCUUCAAUUUAAGUAUGCUUGUGUGAACAUUUAAUCAAGAAAAGAGAACAUUGGGUUGUUGAUUCUUUCUUGUUACUUUCAAACAACUGAGAAGCAGGUGGUUGGGUCUUCUGUGCUUCUUCCACCACAAAAGAAUUGGAAUUCUGGGUCAUUGUCUCAGUUGAUGAAUCAGGUGAUGUAGGAAUUCAAGGCUUGUUCUUGAUAUUCUUUGAUUCUUUUGUCGGGUGUUGUUUGAUUUCACUUGUGUUGUUGCCUUGAAGCUUUCGUUUUUGGUGUGAUUGAAUUGGUUUCAGUAUGGGAUUCGGCAAAUAUGGAUUGUUUAUAUGGGUUAUGUCCACCAUGUGUUUGAUAAAAUUCUCCUUACAGUUUGAUCCUAUAGAUAACUAUCUGGUAGAUUGUGGAUCUCCCAAAAAUAGUUCAGUAGGCGAUAGGGAUUUCCUAGCAGAUACUUCUGAUCAUCAUUUUCUUUCAGACCCAGAACAAGCUUCUGUAAGUACUGCAAAUUCUCAACCUAUUUCAUCCACCUAUGGAUCUUCAUUAUACACAACUGCUAGAGUUUUCAACAGAACAUCCAACUAUACUUUUCCAGUUAAUCAACACGGCCGUCACUUCAUUCGUCUCCAUUUCUUUCCUUUUGCUUUAGACGGUGAAACCUACAAUCUGAGUACUGCAAGAUUCUCUGUAUCUGCUCAUGGUUUUACUCUCUUGAGAGAUUUCCAACCUGAUACUACUCCUGCUGUUAUAGAAUUCUCUUUGAACAUCACUUCUGAUAGAUUGGUUAUCACUUUUGUUCCUUCUGCCAAUUCGUUUGCCUUCCUAAAUGCUUUAGAAGUUGUUUCUCACCCAGAUGACCUCAUCCCUGCCACUGCUCUAACCGUCGAACUCCCAAGAAACCAUCACAAUCUGAUGACACAGGCACUAGAGACCGUGGCUAGGGUGAAUAUGGGUAACCAAACAGUUUCACCUGAAAAUGAUACCUUAUGGCGAUUUUGGAAUUCUGAUGGUCAUUUUAUCACACAAAACAAUUUUGUUAAGUAUGUCAAAAAUAUAAGUUCCGUGAAAUAUACAGCAGGCGGUCCAACCCGUGAUAUUGCUCCCUUAUCUGUGUAUGGGACUGCUACUAAACUAGAUACCGAGUUUAGUCCUGGUGCACUUCUCAAUAUGACGUGGACGUUUAAUGUUGAUCCCGAGUUUUCCUACUUGGUCCGAUUUCACUUCUGUGAUAUAAUUGAGCAUCCACCGUCCCAAUUGGUCCUCAAUAUUUACCUAAACUCCAUGUCAGUUGCUAAGGAUCUUAAUCUUGGUGAACGGAUGUCAAAUGUCUGGGGUGCUCCUUACUACUUAGAUGCUGUCACUAGGUUAAGUGGGAAAAACAUGCUAAAUGUAAGUAUCGGCACUAGCCUUGCACUCGGGGCGUACCCUGAAAGUAUUCUUAAUGGGCUGGAGAUCAUGAAAAUAAGCAAUUCUAAGGGGAAUCUUUAUGAAGUCGACACAGGAACAAAGUCUUCGGCUUCACGAUCAAAGCAGAAAGUUUGGGUCGUAGCCGCGUUGGCUGGUGGAGCAGUGUUCAUUGUGGUUGUUUUGGGUUGCUUGUUCUUCAUAAUAAGAAGAAGAAAUAGAAGAAAGUCAUUGAUUGUGAAGCAGUCUAUGCAACAAAGCUUGAGCCCCAAUAUGGAUACCGAUGGAAAUGCCAUGUUUUCAAGAUCAAAGAUUGGAUACCGAUUUCCUUUAAUAGCAGUUCAUGAGGCUACCGAUAAGUUCAGUGAAAGCCUGGUGAUUGGAAUCGGUGGUUUUGGGAAAGUUUACAAAGGAGUACUUUCCGAUGGUACACAAGUGGCAGUAAAAAGAGGCGCCCCACAAUCUCAUCAAGGUUUAGCCGAGUUUCAGACAGAAGUCGAAAUGCUAUCCCAAUUCCGUCACCGCCAUUUGGUAUCUUUGAUAGGGUAUUGUGAUGAACGCAAUGAGAUGAUCAUUAUAUACGAGUACAUGGAAAACGGGACCCUGAAGAACCAUCUGUACGGUUCAGAUCUCCCUAAACUGAACUGGAGACAGAGGCUCGAGAUCUGCAUUGGUUCUGCUAGAGGACUUCACUAUCUCCACACCAGUUCUUCAAAAGCAAUCAUUCAUCGGGAUGUCAAAUCUGCAAACAUAUUACUUGAUGAGAAUAUGAUGGCUAAAGUCGCCGACUUCGGGCUCUCCAAGAACGGGCCAGAGCUUGAUCAGACUCACGUUAGCACCGCAGUCAAAGGAAGUUUCGGUUAUCUUGAUCCUGAAUACAUGACACGGCAACAAUUGACCGAGAAAUCCGAUGUUUACUCUUUCGGUGUCGUAAUGUUUGAAAUUCUGUGCGGCAGGCCCGUUAUCGAUCCGUCUCGGCCACGGGGAAUGGUGAAUUUGGUCGAGUGGGUACGAGAGUGGCGGAAAAGAGGCGAAUUGGAGAAAGUUUUCGACCCUUUUCUAGUGGGAAAGAUGAAAACUGAGUCUUUGGAGAAGUUCGUGGAGAUCGCAGAGAAAUGCUUAGCGGAACAAAGUGUCGAUCGACCAACGAUGGGAGACGUGUUAUGGAAUCUGGAGUUUGCGCUUCAACUCGAAGGAAUCGAAGUAAAAAGGCGGGAAACGGAGAAUGAUUCGUCGACGGGUGAGUUGGAGAGUGGUGCUGGUGAGGGAAGUGUUGGUGAUUUUGUUGGUGUUUCAAUGAGUAGAGUGUUUUCAGAGAUGGUGAAAGGUGAAAAACAUGAAAUGAGGUAAACAAAUGACACCAAGAAGCAUUCCAGAUUGUAACUACAGAUAUUUGAUCACUGAUUUGAAGGUGGUAUUGUGACUUAUAUAUAUAUAUAUCACUUG